AAAACAACUGAACUGUUGAACACUGCAUUAAAGCAUAGCAUGAAAGACAUCAUAACCAUGUCAUUGCGAGACUUAAAAGUGGAUUGGCUUGUAGAGUAUUUUAUCAUUUUGUACUUAUACCUUCUGCAUUAACACCUGCACAUUAGAAAACCUCUCUGAGCCAAAACACCAGCACCGAAAACCUGUCUACGGCAGGAAAUAGGUCAUCUUCCUGCUUAUUUGUAAAAGGAAGCGUUUCUCACACUCUCUGUAAUGGUGGUGAUGAUGCUGCAGCUGAUCUUCGUUCUCUCCAUUCUGAUCUCAACCACAGUGUCCAGUGAUGUGCUCAGAUGGGUUGGUGAUUCUGUUAAUCUGGACAUACAGCAUCCUGCACCAGAGUUUGAUGAAUUGUCCUGGGUUUUUAACAGAACUGAAAAUGUUCUAACUAAUAAUGUUCUAAAAUAUUAUACUGAAGGUAAAAAAACUAAACAGUAUCCUGCUUAUGAAGGCAGAGUGGAGUUCAAUAAGGAAACCUACAGUCUGACACUGAAGAACUUACAGAAGAAUGAUAGCGGACUGUAUGAAGCAAGAGCGUCUGGUGAUGAGAACAGAGUUGUUGCUGAGUACAGACUCUCUGUGUUGGUGUCCAGUGAUGUGCUCAGAUGGGUUGGUGAUUCUGUUAAUCUGGACAUACAGCAUCCUGCACCAGAGUUUGAUGAAUUGUCCUGGGUUUUUAACAGAACUGAAAAUGUUCUAACUAAUAAUGUUCUAAAAUAUUAUACUGAAGGUAAAAAAACUAAACAGUAUCCUGCUUAUGAAGGCAGAGUGGAGUUCAAUGAGGAAACCUACAGUCUGACACUGAAGAACUUACAGAAGAAUGAUAGUGGACUGUAUGAAGUAAGAGCAUCUGGUGAUGAGAACAGAGUUGUUGCUGAGUACAGACUCUCUGUGUUGGAUGCAGCCUCUUCUCUGCUGGUGCACCUGUGUGUUUGCUGA